CUCUCACCAUUUCCAAACACCCAAAACUACCACAAUGAGUCCACUAUCUGCUUUCCUUGUUACAUUUCUAGCAACCUUCAUAGCCUUCACCCAUGCAACCACAAUCACAGUAGUCAACAACUGCCCCUACACUGUUUGGGCAGCGGCCGAUCCAGGCAGCGGGCAGCAACUCAACCAGGGCAACACCUGGGACGUUAACCCAGCUCCGGGUACCAAAAUGGCCCGUAUUUGGGCCCGAACGGGCUGCAACUUCGACGGCAACGGUAACGGAAACUGUGACACCGGAGGGUGUGGGAAACUCGAUUGUGACCCGGGUAAUUGGGGUACAAUCCCCAAGACACUAUUCGAAUACGCUCUGGCCCAACCCGAUAACCCGACCGACACAAUCGACAUCUCACUUAUUGAAGGGUUCAACGUCCCUAUCGCCUUCACUCCUCUUAGCAAUGUUGGUGCCUUAGAUAACAAGUGUCGUGACAUACGUUGUACGGCCGAUAUAAACGGGCAAUGCCCACAGAACUGGAAGACUACGGGCGGGUGUAAUAGCCCAUGUACCACACCGGGUAUUGGUUCAUGUGGUGCUAAUGGUGACUCCAAGUUUUUCAAGGAAAGGUGCCCAGAUGCUUACAGUUUCCCUGAAGAUGAUCAAUCCAGUACUUUUGCUUGCCCUUCUGGAACUAAUUACAGGCUCACUUUCUGCCCAUGAUCAAUUACGAGUAUUAAUUACAAACUAAUCUCGUUUUUAUACUUCUUAAUAAUUACCAUGAAUUAUAAUAUAAUACUUACGUUACAGAUUUAUAGUACAUAAUGAUCGAUCGAUGUGUGAAAUAAGCUAGAGUUCUUAUGGUUUCAGCUCUAUCGUUCUGUAUUUUCAGAUCAGCAUACAAUAAUUAUAAUAAUAAAAGUUCUUUUUUUCAAA